CCCAUUCCUAUGUUGCGACGAUCGAGAAAAUGCCCUCGGCCGACCUACCUCUACAAAGACAUGUAAAAGCCUUCGCAUGUAGAUCGGUAGCUCAGCAGGGAUACGCCUACCUAAGGGUGGUGACAACCUCUUGGGUAAAGAUUGGGGGUGAGUGGAACAACAAGGCACAUUUUGACUUGUGGGGGGCCCCUAGGGGAACUGAUGGAGUUUCAAAAGCAGCCCGCGAGGGUUGCGACAGAGAAUGUGUGCACGCCCGAGAAAGCUAUGAAGAAGCGGAAGGAUGAGCACAUGUGGGAACAACCGGCGGUGGACGAUGUGAAGAGGCUUGACCCUGCGACCUGGUGGGCAGCACAUGGCGGGGAUGUCCCAACCCUUCAUGCAAUUGCAAUCAAGAUCAUGGGGAUGUGGAGCAUUGCGACCCCCGCUGAGCGCAACUGGGCAUCCAUGGACUUCAUCCACACGAAGAGAAGACACAGUCUGUCCCCCGCAUCCCUCGAGAAGCUCGUCUACAUACAUUGGAACAUGCAGUUGCUGCGAGCUCGACACCACAAGGACAACUGGUUCGUUGAUGUCUGGGGUUCGUUUUUCGAGCCAAUCAUGGAGCCACAACAGAAUGACGGGUCGACGUUGGUGACCGAUACUGAGGAUGCUGCUGAGAAACAGGAUGAGGAGAUGAGGCAAAGGAACAUGGCGAAGGCUCCAAGAAACAGGAUCCCCAAAAACCUUCUCGAUUCCGACACUAGUGAUAGCAGCGACCUCGAGGAUAUGGUGUGGAAGUUGAAGUGCCGGAACGAGUCAUCAUCGGAGGACUGCAGUGAGGAUGAGGACUCCGAUUUCGAGCUCGGUGCGGUGCCUGCAGUCCCGGCGACCACGUAUGUUGGUAGGCGAACUUGGCGACAAGAUAGGGAUCUCGAGGUUGAGUCUACACCAGUCGUCGAUACAGUGGACACGGACGUAGAGUUUUUGCUGCACCGCCACGAUGACCCGGAUGAGGAAGAGGCCACCCGCGCAAAGGAGAUGGCGGACAAGGAUCGUGAACUCAUGGAUAGGCGGGUCGCUAAGGAGGAGCCCCGUCGUGCAGCGAUCGUUACCCGCAGGGAGAGGGAGAGGCGUGCUGCACAACAGGAAAAGCACGGGGGCGAGGCCUUGAAGGAAAUGGAAGGGGAUGUCCAGCCUGCCAUAGAGAAGGGCGAGCAGCAGCAAGGGGAGCCCGCAGACGCAGCGGGAGAGCAACAAGCAGCAGUUGUCGUGUACAUGUGCAGGCCCCGCCCAUGUGUGGAGCAAGAAGUGGGAGCGGAGGGAGAGACCACCGACCAGGAGAGAAGGUUAACAAAAGUUGUAUUUUUCAUCACCACUUCAGGACAUCCUUCACCACUUCAAGAUGCAACCUGCCUAAACAGGUGGUUUUCAGGUCUUCAGACCUUUCACCACUUCAGGACCAUUGAGGUAUGAAAAUCCUGAAUGGUCCUGAAGUGGUGAAAACUCCGAAGACCCUGAAAACCACAUGUUAAGGCAAGCUGCAUCC